AUGCUCUCUAGUGCGCUGGCGAGCGGAGACGCUCUGUUACUCGGAGUCGAUCUGGUAAAGGACGCGAGGGAAAUAAUAGCAGGGUACGCGGACCAGAAGGGUCUGAGACGACAACUUGCCCUCCGCGCCAUCAGGAUAAUGAACGAGCAACUGGGCGCCAAUUUCGAGGAGGAAAACUUUCAGUCUCGACGCGUGUGGAAUCCUGAAACGUCAUCCGUGGAAAUGUCGCUAGUAGCAACACAAGAAGCUAAGGUAUUCUUUGAAAAGCUGAAACUGGAGGUGUUUUUCUCCGAGGGAGAAGGCUUUCAGACGGGUUUCUCGACAAAGUUCAGCCGAGAGGGGAUCACGGGUGACCUGGCUGGAGUGGGGCUGAAAGUAACAGCCUGGUACAGCGAUACCUCGGAGAGAUUUGCUGUGCUCCUGGCCGUUCAAACCACUGGACAAACAAAAUAA